ACUCAAGCCUCCUUUUCUUUCAGGCGUAUAUAGCAGUAAUUAAUGAUGCUUUUAAUGAUCGUUGUGAUCCUUGUCUGCCUUGUAAGCUACGUUUACCGAUCGUUGAAGCCUCCACCACCGCGAAAAUGCGGGGUUCCUCACGGUCCUCCGGUUACUUCUCCGAGAAUCAAGCUCAGUGAUGGAAGAUAUCUGGCUUAUAGAGAAUCUGGCGUUGAUCGAGCCAGUGCUAACUACAAGAUCAUCGUCGUUCAUGGAUUCAAUAGCUCUACAGACAUGGAAUUCCCCAUCUCUAAGGUACUCCUGCAUUGA